GACCGUCAAUUCUCUUUAGUGUUUGCCAAUGUUGGAGGUGUAACUGGGGUCUGUCCCUGGAAAAAGGUGUAGAGGAUGGCACAAGUGAAAGUGCAGACUGCAGCGUCACUGUCUGGGCAGGGCCUCCCCCCCGUCGUGUCCCCCUCGGCCAUGCCCAGCACAGGACCCCUCAGUCUGCAGCCCUCUAUCAACGGCACAGUUCCAGCCCCAACGCCUGGCUGCCCCAGUCCUGCAGCCGGCUUUGUGGAUUCUACUGUGUCUGCAAAUCCACCAGGUUCUCUCCAGGAAAACAUGGCAAACACCAAAGAGAAAACUCCCAUGUGUCUGGUAAAUGAGUUAGCCCGUUUCAACAGGAUCCAGCCUCAGUAUAAGCUUCUGAAUGAACGAGGGCCGGCCCAUGCUAAGAUCUUCACUGUGCAGCUGUGUCUGGGGGAUCAGGUCUGGGAAGCCGAGGGCACCAGCAUUAAAAAGGCACAACACUCCACGGCGUCCAAGGCCCUGAUGGAGACCACCCUACCCAGGCCCACCCCACGCUCGCCCAAAGUGGACAUCAACAGCAACCCAGGCAGUAUCACUCCCACAGUGGAGCUGAAUGGCCUGGCCAUGAAGAGAGGGGAGCCAGCCAUCUACAGACCCCUGGACCCCAAACCCAUGCCCAACUACAGAGCCAACUACAACUUCAGAGGAAUGUUCAAUCAGAGGUACCAUUACCCAGUGCCUAAGAUAUUUUAUGUGCAGCUGACUGUUGGGAACUGCGAGUUUAUCGGAGAGGGGCGGACGCGACAGGCAGCUCGACACAAUGCGGCCAUGAAAGCCCUCCAAGCCCUCCGUAACGAGCCCAUUCCACAGAAAGCACCUCAGAGCCCAGAGGAGAAGAGUGAGGCUGAGGAGACAAGUGAUGCAAGCAAGUCGGAGAUCAGCCUGGUGUACGAGAUCGCGCUCAAGAGGAACAUGCCUGUCACUUUCGAGGUCCUGAAAGAGAGCGGGCCACCACACAUGAAGAGCUUCCUCACGCGUGUCACCGUAGGGGAGUUCACAGCCGAGGGAGAGGGGAACAGCAAGAAGCUCUCCAAAAAGCGGGCGGCCCUCUCCGUCUUACAGGACCUCCAGAAGCUGCCAUUCCUCCCGGUGGUGGAGAAACCCAAGCUGCACUACAAGAAACGGCCCAAGACCAUAUUAAAAACCGGGCCUGAGUAUGGGCAGGGCAUGAACCCCAUCAGCCGCCUGGCGCAGAUCCAGCAGGCCAGGAAGGAGAAGGAGCCGGAGUACGUGCUGCUGUCCGAGAGAGGGAUGCCUCGCCGCAGGGAGUUUGUCAUGCAGGUGAAAGUGUGCAACGAGGUGGCCACGGGAACAGGACCCAACAAGAAGGUGUCCAAGCGGAACGCGGCCGAGGCCAUGCUUCUGCAGCUGGGGUACAAAGCCUCCACCUCAGCACCGAGUCCCCCAGAGAAGCAGACGGACAACAAAGGCUGGAACGGACAAAAGGCCGCUUUUCCUGAAGCAACAAGCAACACUCAGAAGGGAAUACUCCAUCUGUCCCCUGACGUCUACCAGGAGAUGGAGGCCAGCAGGAACAAGGCCGGCCCGGGAGCCCCGGCGAACUACCUGACUGCCAAAGACAUCUGCCAGGCCCCCGGCCACUACUACAGCAGCACCAGCAACACUGCGGCCAUCGCCAGGGAGCUGCUGCUCAACGGAACCUCCCCGACAGCAGAAGCCAUGGGCCUGAAGGGGAAAGCACCUGCCCUGCUCUGCUCCUCUGUGCAGCCGUCCCAGCAGCUGGACUACUUGGCCCGCAUUCAAGGCUUUCAGGUGCAGUAUAAUGACCGGCAAAGUGGCAAAGAUUUCAUCACCUACCUGACUCUGUCACCUGUGCAGAUGACCUUCCAUGGCAUUGGGAACUCCAUUGAGGCUAGCCAUGACCAGGCUGCUCUAAGUGCCUUGAAACAGCUGUCGGAACAAGGACUGGACCCGGUGGAUGGACCAAUCAAAGUAGAGAACGGAUCGCGCGAAAACUACGUACCAGCAGAACUACAAGCGAAACAUCUGGGAGAGAGGACGGACAAUAAACAGACUAACUCAGGCACCGCCGCUCAGGACUGCAAGGAUCCAAAGGCCGUCGUCUAGGAGAGCACCCCCUCCCCCUCCCCAAGCGCCCACGGCGACCGCUGCAUCCUUAUAAACCCGUCAACACGCAAUAGGGUGGAUGUGUACCCGGAAACGAGUGGCUAAAUAUCAUUAUUUGAGUCUAUGUGAAGACAACACUAUCUUAACACAUUACAUUUAUUGAUAAUUUCAAAAGACUUAUAGUAAUUUAAAUAUGAAAACAGUCAGUGAAUGAAUUAAUGCAUGGUAUUGUUAAAAUAAGGGAAAUUGAACCGAAUAUACAUAGAGAAUUUUCCCUUUUGAUAGAUUUUUUUUUUUUCAGCUAGUUGCCCGGUGGUAUGGUAAAAAAAGAAAAGAACAUGCCAUUGAUACAAACAGAAAAUUAUAGUGAGGAAGAACAAACUAGCACAGCUUAUUUUUGUGGUUUUCAUUUCUUUUGUAUUACUCUAUGAAUAACGAUGCUUGAGUAUUUAAAGAUUAACCAAUGGCAGUGCUGUGAAAGUUGUAGUUGUUGUCUUCAUAUAUAGUCACCCAGCUUACCUUUUAUGCUGACAUUAAGCAUUCAUAUAUCUAUCUGGAUAUGUAUGACUCUCAAAAUACCAUAUGCGAAAAGAAAAACACUAAGAAGAUUAUGGACAAGCAAAACUAAAAUUGUUCGUGAAGUUCAUAAACUAAUGUUGGAUGUAAUCAAUAGAGGUGCUCUCUCCUGGAGUAGAAGUUGGGGUGUCUGAUCUGGUGAACUUGUACUCAUUGAGAAGCAGCCUGACCUCUAACAUUGUCCCCCCUCCACCCCUAGAAAUAGAGUUACUAGAAUGGUUCUGGUUAUGAAGCAAACAAGGGUGUGCUAGAGCCAGAGGGCCAUGUUGGAUAGUAUUUAAUUGAAAUUUUUUUGUUCCAAUUAAAAUAUAACACUUUACUACAAUGUAAGCUGCUGCGAUUCUAGAAUGUCAGGUAGUUUGCUAUGCGUUGUGUGUACAUUCUUUCAGGAUGGGAUAGCAUAGUUUUAUGCAAUUUCAGUAGCGCUUUUGACCACUCUAGUAAAUCUAUAUCUACGGUUCUUCCCUUCUCCGCCCACUUUUAUCAGACACAUCUACACCCAUUUUGUGUGUUGUAUCGACCCCCGCCAGUGCAUCAACUGAGUGUUUUUAAUGACUGCAUUCUGACCCAGAAUAACAUCAAGAUGAGGAGGCGCGACGGAGGCGCGCGGUGCCCUCUCGCGCGGAAAUCCUGACGAAGUCCGGACGAAGAAAAAGAGUUCCUAACCUUCGAAGUUCAGUGACGAACAGGAUCUCUUUCUGACCGCGGAUACGUCGUGUAAUACCAAACUGUCUGUUACUGAAUGGACAGAUGCAGUAAAAC